UUAGCUCAUUUUAUUCUUGCCGCUGUUAUAAAAGCCUCCUUCUCCUGAGCUUAUUGCCAUUUUCUUCAUAUUCACAGGUGUUACACCAUAUUUCUGUCACAAUGAGGAGCUCUGUGGUGUUUCUCUUGGCUGUCAGCUUUGCCAUGUUUGGAUUUGGCGCCUCUCUGCAGUGUCACUCCUGCCCUGGUGGCUCCUCCAGCGACUGUGAAGUCAAACAAGAGUGCAACCAAGGCGAGGACAGCUGCCUCAAACUCACUAGUGGAGGUAACACUUACUCUUCAUGUCUGAGGUACGCUGACUGUGACUUCAUGACUCUGGCUGUCCGUUACUCUCUCCCUGACUUCACCUUCUCCUGCUGUCAGUCCGAACUCUGCAAUGGUCCGGAGAAAAGUUUCCUGCAGAAAAUAAAGGAAUUCAUUGGUUGAGAAAUGAAAAAAAUAAAAAAAGUCUCAAACUUUUUAGUUUCAGUAUGUCGAUGUUUUAUAGAGAAGUGACAUCUUAAUAAACAACUGCUGAGCUUUGACAAAAAUAAAGACAUAUUAAAUGGA